AUGGGAUACUUCCAACCUCAGGAUAUCCGUGUUUUCCGCACUCCAAAUUUGUGCACUUUUGCACUACUUUUGGCGCCACUUGUUUCUGGGCUGCAUCCAGCACAAUUUGUUCAGCGACAAGCAGCAUCAACCGCCGCACCGUCGGUCACUCCAGCGCCCAGUGCGACUGCUGCGAGCAAUGACUUCGAAUCGGUGACCGCCUGCCACGCACACGGUACUGAGUUUUUUUGCAUGGUUGGUACGACAGAGUAUCAAGUCAUUGCAAGCGGGACGACGAGCCCGGCGCCAGAGUACACUGGCUGCCAUCACCACGGCGCUGAUACCUACUGCCUUGACCCUAACGGCGAGGAUGUUGAAGUCAUCACCGACGUCGAGGGCGGCGAAGACGACGGUUCCAGCUCUGGUGACGACACUACAGAUCCCGAUGGAGAGCAUUGUCACUUCCACGCUGGUGUCGAGCACUGCGUUGGGGGAGAUGGUGAAAAUGAGGGCGUGAAAAACUGCUCUCGCCAGGAACGUGAUUAUAAUAUCCCUCUCAGGAUCGGCCUCCUUUUCGUCAUUCUGGUAACGAGCUUCAUAGGUGUCUCUGCACCCAUAUUCCUCGCCUCAACAUUACCCAAGAAAUUCCACAUCAUUUUCUUAAUAUUAAAGCAGUUUGGAACUGGUGUAAUAAUCUCUACUGCAUUUGUCCAUCUUUUUACACAUGCCACGCUGAUGUUUACGAAUGAAUGCCUAUCCAUAGAAUAUGAAGGUCUAACAUCGGCAGUGGUCAUGGCUGGCCUCUUUCUCUCAUGGCUGGCCGACUAUGUUGCGCACCGUAUAUCCAGAACAAUUAGCACGACAGAGACAGGAUCUUCUAGACAGAACGAUGAGGUAGUGAACGUUUUAGUUUUGGAAGCGGGUAUCAUCUUUCAUUCCCUGCUGAUUGGACUGACCCUCGUCGUGGCUGGUGACUCCUUCUUCAUCACACUGUUUAUUGUCAUCGUCUUCCACCAAGUUUUCGAAGGCAUUGCCCUCGGCACUCGUAUUGCAGCCGUGGAACUUUCAAGCAGGAAACUGUCAUGGUUGAACAUGAUGUACAUGGCGUUGGCAUUCGCACUCGUGACCCCUGUCGGAAUGGCCAUCGGCAUUGGGGUUUUGCACAAAUUUAAUGGUAACGAUCCAUCUACGCUAAUUGCGCUUGGGACGCUGGACGCACUUUCAGCUGGUAUCCUUGUGUGGGUUGGAGUGGUUGAAAUGUGGGCUCGCGAUUGGAUAUAUGAUGGGGAGUUGACCAACUCGAACCCCUUGGUCACUGGUUUUGCCGGUUUUGGUCUUAUUGCUGGCAUGGUUCUCAUGAGCUUCUUGGGGAAGUGGGCAUGA